AUGGGAGAAGUAGCCGAAUCAGCCUACAUCUUUGAUCGACACCUCGAUGAAUCCAAAAGGUCUUCUUCUGCUCUUCUUCGAAGAUUGUAUCUGGCUAACGGAAGAAGUGUAAUAGACUUCACCAACUUAGUCAACAACGAGCUCAUUCAUCCCUCGAUCCCAAGGCACUCGCUGAUUACUAUCGCAGACGUCGCAACUGGAACGGGGCUGUGGAUCACUUCUCUCCCUGAUUAUCUUCGCUCUGUUAACAACCACAGCUCGUCACUCACUCUACACGGGUUUGAUAUCUCCGCCGACCAGUUCCCUUCCACAGAGAAGACGGUUGCCCCGGGCUAUGAGAUCGAAUUCCUGGUCCAUGACAUUCGGAACCGGUUUCCAGAGCAAUAUCGGGGAAAAUAUGACCUUGUGAAUGUAAGUCUUUUAGUUGCUGCCCUUCGAGAGGAGGAGUAUGAGGCUUCCGUGAGGAAUUUGUUGGAGAUCUUGAGGCCAAACGGCUACCUCCAAUGGACAGAAACCGACUCUUCGACCCUCGGCAGAAUCCAACUCCCUAGCCUCGAACUCAAAACUAUCUCUAAUAUCGUCGUACUCACAAACGAAGGCAUGUCGCACGUCGGAUUCUGUCUGAACCCUCCACACAAGAUCCAACACGUCGCAAAGAAGGUUGGAUUCGCUCGGGUUGAAACACAUACCUAUUCUGUUCUCGACAGAGCGGAUCUGCGCGGUCAGGCGAGAGAAUGGCUAGGGACGAUUUGGAGAACAACGAUUCCGCAUGUCAUGGUACAGUCCGGGCGAGUGGGGAGUAUGCAGGAGGCUUGGGAGAAGAUGGAGGAGUGGAUUAAGGAAGUUGAGAAGGAGUAUGAUAUGUUUUGGCCUACCGUGGACUUGCGGGUUAUUGUUGCGAGGAAGGGGGUUAAGGUAUAG